UCGGGACAUGAACGAUAGUCAAGACGUGCCAAAUCAGGCAAACGAUUUGGUCGCUGAGGAACCUAUAAACGCUGAAGAUCUGAAUCCGAACGAUGAAGCUCCCAAUGAAGCAGCAGGCAAUCAUAGUACUUUACAGCAACCAAACUAUUCUGCAAUCGUGGACUAUUAUUUACUCAACAAGAACAUACCCCAACGACCGAUUGGGAUGGACAUCAACAUGACCCACAAAAUUGAAACUGGAACACCCAUAACAAUUUCAUUCAUUAGUGGUGACGUUGUCUCGAUUACUACAACAAGCAACCAAGCAAGCAUAAGUCUCAGGCCGCCUCAUGAUCCAGGCAGGGUUCGUGUGCACAUCAAUUCGCUUGAACCAACUCCUCGAUUUCCGGUUGAUCCUUGGAGUUGUAAGCCUUCCGGUCAGUUCCGCUGCGGUAUAUGCCUUAUUGAAAUUAACCACUUGGAGAAUACACGCUCCACCACUUGCGGCCAUAUUUACUGUGACAGUUGCCUGCAACAGGCUCUGCGCGAGAAUGGCUACUGCCCCAUUUGCGGAAAAUCCCAGGAAUAUGAGAGUUCCAUACGUUUGUUUUGGUGCGGGCAUUCUCCCUGAGGUCCAGCAUCGCUUUCCUUGCAUAAGCAGAAAAUAAAGGCCAGUUAGAGAAAACGGCACAUAACAAUUCUUAGCACUGCCUACUGCAUUACCGUAUGUACUGUUUACACAAAACUACA